GGCACCAUGUGGAGAACUGUCGUGCCUGUGCUUCUGCUUAUUGGAGUUUGUUGGACUGAUGUGCAAUAUGGCGAAUCGCCCAAACCGCCCACAGAGCGGAUAAAACGCUCACCAUACGAGUACUACCCCGACUGUCCGCCCGAAUAUCGCCAUCACCACCACCACCCCCCUUUUGGCCGCCACCACCCCCUCCCCCACCAGGACCGUACUGGCCACCACCCCCGCCGCCACCGCCGCCACCGCCGCCGUCGCCUAGACAAGAUGUCUACUUCCAAGAGCAACAAGAGAACCAAGAGAACUCACAGCCGUGUAGCACUUGUCAAGGACAGUCGGGCAGUAACGCUAUCAGUAACGCUAAGAGCGAUUCUGGACAAGCUGUAGCCAUAGCUGUAGCCAGAGCUAAAUCUAAGUAAGAGUGAGACGCAUGUUAAGGUUUAAAGAUAAACACAGAUAUUU